ACACAUGAUUUUUAUUUUUUAAAAAAAUAUCUAUAAUCGUUCGAUAUUUCUUCUAUUGAUCCAAUAUCGUCGUGAACAUCGCCAUCAUUCUAAUCAAUCCAUAUUCAUUGCCAUCAUUAUCAUGCAUUGUAUGAUCAAAAAAUCUAAUCAUUUUUCAUCAAAAAUAUUCGAUUCAUUUGUUAAACAAAUUUAUUUACGGAAUUUUUCCGCUUCAUCAUCACCAUCUGAUGGUGAUUCUAAUGUUCCAACCAAAACUAAUGAUGAUGACGAUAAAAAGAAAUUAACAAAACAAAGAAAAAAACCUGAACCAAGAAAAAUAGUUGUAAUUAAAGAUCAUGGAAAUGUUUUGGGUACCGGUAAAAAAGAUGAUGAUGAUGAUGCCGCCGUUAAUAUUGGUGCCGAUGGUGUUCCAUAUAAUCCGGUGAAUGAUCCACAUUAUAGUAAUAGCUAUAUGAUGUAUAAAUAUCCACAAUAUUUUACUAAAAAUAUUGGUUUUACACGUGCUAAAAAUAUCGUUAAAGAAGAUAUAUCAUUAUUACUUGAUGGACGUAUACAUAAAACACGUGAAGAGAUUGGCUGUCCAAAUCAUGUUGAUGUUUGUGUAUUUGGUGGCGGUAUCAUUGGUACGGCUAUUGCUUAUUUUCUAAAGGAAAAAGCACCAUUCGGUUUGAAAAUAGCUGUAAUUGAAAAAGAUCCUAGUUUUACACGAUGUUCAACAGCAUUAAGUACCGGUGGUCUUCGUCAACAAUUUUCAUUGGAAGAAAAUAUUCUUAUGGCACAGUAUUCAUCGGAAUUCAUACGAAAUGCACGAAAACAUUUGAGCAUAUUGGAUGGUGAACCACCGGAUCUUAGUUAUCAUCCACAAGGUUUUCUAACAUUGGCUGAUGAAUCACAAGCAGAACAAUUGAUACGUAAUCACCAGAAACAAAUCGAAAUGGGAACAUUAGUUGAAUUGUAUACUGCUGAAAGGAUAAAGGAAAAAUUUCCAAUGAUCAAUACGGAUGGUAUUGUUCUUGGAUCAUAUGGUGUUCAAAAUGAAGGCUGGUUUGAUCCAUUAGCAUUAUUGGUGGCAUUUAAAGCUAAAGCACAAUUUUUCGGUGUCGAAUUUGUUCAUGCAGAAAUAUUGGAUUUUAAUUUCAAAAAUGAUUAUCAUUAUGAAAAAACUACCUGUAAUUAUGUUGUUGUUCGUGAACCCGAUGGUAAUGUUCGUCAUGUAGAAUUUGGAUUAGGCGUAAUUGCCACCGGUUAUGAAUCACAUAAAAUAGCCAAAUUAUUAGGCUAUGGUGAAGAUGUUGAUGAUUGGCGUUCAGUGGUCAAUUUUCCAAUUGAACCAAGAAAACGAUAUGUUUAUGCUUUCAAUAGUAAAGAUGGACCUGGAUUAAAUUUUCCAUUCUUGAUCGAUACUAGUGGCACAUAUUGUCGUCGUGAAGGUCUUGGUGGUAAUUUUAUCUGUGGCCGAUCACCAUCAAAUGAUGAAGAACCAGAUGUCGAUACACUUGAUGUGGAUUAUUCAUAUUUUGAUCGUCGUGUACAACCAAUGCUUAAAAAUCGUAUAGAAUCAUUUGACAUGACUGAUAUGAAAAUAAAAGGAGCUUGGGCCGGUUACAUUGAUUAUAAUCGUAUCGAUCAAACACCAUUGAUUGGACAGGAUCCAUUUUUCAAGAAUCUUAUAUGGGCCACUGGAUUCGGUGGUUUAGGUGUACAAAUGUCACCAGCAAUUGGACGUGCUAUAAUGGAAUUUUUAUUAUAUCAAGAUUAUAAAACAAUCGAUCUACGUGCAUUCAAUUGGGAACGUUUAUUCAACAAUAAACCAUUGAAAGAAGUUUAUCAAUAUUAGUGAACAAUUAAUUAAUUAAUUUUUUUUUUAAUUAUUACUACAAAUAAAUAAAUAAUAUAUUCUAUUCUAUA